AUGGUUGUAGCAGUUGAAGACACAAGCCCAAACUCAUCAGGCACCAGUGUCUCUGCACCGUCUUCUCCAUGGUUGAAGAAAGUAACAAACUCGAGACCAAUUGGAUGUGAGAGACAACCAUGGAUUUGUGACAAUGGUGGAAAAAGGUUUCCACCCAGGGUUAGGAUGCUGUGUUGCAGAAACCGUUGUGUGGAUGUGAUGACCGAUGUGAAUAACUGUGGGUUUUGUGGAAUUAAGUGUCUUUUCAGUCGGAAAUGUUGUAAUGGGUUGUGUGUGGAUACAAAUGUGAAUCCUGUUCAUUGUGGGAGGUGUUGGAACAGAUGCCCCUCUGGGGUUCUGUGUUUCUAUGGGCUUUGUGGUUACGCAGAGCCAGCACUCCCUCCCUUUCCCUUUGCUUCUCCUCCAAGAACAUCACUUACUCCAAAGCGUCAUCUUCCAGCUACACCAUGA